GUUACGCUUCAUACAUAAUUAUCCAAAAUUUGUAUGUAAAUUUUGUUACGAGGGGUUCAAAAACCCAAAAUUUUGCGCUGCAUAAUAAAAAAAACGGUCCCUUACGUAAUUAUACACAGGAAGGUGUGAAAUCGCGUGCUUCUCAAACUAAAAGCAAAAUCAUGUCAAUUCAAAUCAUGUAAUUAAAAUCGGUAACGUGAAACGCUUUUAUAAUACCACGACUCCACCGAAAACCCCACUCUCAGUUCGAAACCAUGCCCCGAAAGCGCCACGUUCCCCCGAAGAUUCCCCUCGUCCACCUGGUCCGCGCCAGCUGGCUCCACCAGGUCGGUCAGUUCUUCACCGAAUCGACGCUGCACGGCGUCCGGUACAUCGCCGAAGCCGGCCGGCCCUUCUGGGAACACUUUGCCUGGUUCUGUCUGGUGCUGGUCAGCGCCGUCACCACGGUUUGCAUCAUCCUGAACCUGUGGGUGCGCUUCCAGACCCAUCCGACCAUCACCGGACCGGACACGAGCCUUCGCUUCACGGCGACCGUGUUUCCGACGGUGCUGGUUUGUCCGGUGGAGACGCCGUUCGACGAGGAUAAGCUGGAGGACUUUAACGAAACGCUGCUGGCGAUGAGUUCCUUCGGACGGAUUGGUCAGUUGGUUGGAGAUGAGGGGUUGGUGGGGAGUUUGUCCAAGGUGAAGAUUGAUGACGUGAGGAGUGAGAUAUUCCGGAACGUUUUGAGCUGCGACGAGGUCAUUGGCGAGUGCUGGUUCAGAGGUACGCGACUGGAGGAUUGCUGCAAGAGCUUCUUGCCCGUGUUUUCCGAGGUUGGGUUCUGCUACGCGUUCAGCGCCAAGUUCUACGACUCGGAACGGGCAUGGGUGCGCAACCCGGAUCGGAAAUUCAUCUACGAAACGGACAAAAAGUGGGGCCUGACGUUCGGCCCGCUGCGCAAGUCCAACAUCCUGAUCCACUCGUACAACGAGCUGUCCGGCUGGGAGUUCCGACCCCAGGUCCAGUGGGACGAGGACUUUGCGAUCGAGCUGCUGGUCACGAUGAAGCAAACGUACACGACGGAGGACGCCCGGCAGCUGUCGAUCGGGCAGCGCAAGUGCAUCUUUCCGGACGAGGUCGGGCUGCAGUACCACGAGGACGAGUACACGUAUUCCGGGUGUAUGCGGGAGUGCCGGCUGAUUAAGUGUCUCAAGCGGUGCGGAUGCGUUCCGCCGUUUUAUGCGCUGAAGCCGGGAUCUACGGAGCGACAGUGCGGUCCGGCGGAUUUGCCUUGCUUGGUUAAUAACUUUACGACCAUUACCAGGGUUGGGCGUCUAUGUCAGCAGUGCGAGUUGGGUUGUAACAAUACCGUGUACGAGAUUGAGAAGUACUCCAAGGUCAUUGCGUCGGAGGCCGGCAAGGAACCGCUGGUAACGAUCGAGUACCUAACCUGGCCCGUCAUCCGGUACAAGCGCGAGGUUCUGUUCGGUUGGGUUGACCUGCUGGUGUCCUUCGGCGGCAUCGCCGGCCUAUUCCUGGGCUUCAGCCUACUAUCCGGAGUGGAGAUCAUCUACUUCUUCACGAUGCGAGCCUGCUGCAUGCUGUACAAGAACCGUGACCAGCUGGUGGCCAUCGAGCAGGAGAAGCUGCGACGACCACCGGACCAUUUCGACCUGAACCUUCUGCCGGCGCUUCGCCGGCGAAACCUUCAACAACGCAAGCAACCCGCUUCUCCGGACCCUUCCCAGCGGAACGUGAUCACGCUGUCGCUGGUCGAGCAGGAGUUCAACGCGGUCAAGGUGCCGAAGGAGCGCGGGCUGGUGCUCGGCGGGUUGGGAGCGCAACCGGAGCAUCGCCGGCUCGAGCGGCGGCUGGAAAAGAUGAAGAUCAUGGUGCGGCCGGACUUUUUCCAGCCCGUCCACGUGGCCCCGUACAGCGAGCGGAUCAAGCCGCUCGAUCGGAACGUGGUUCGCACGAAGGACGGAGGCAUUCUGUACAACGGGUAUUUGCCGUAGGAGACACGACGUUCCGAUCAGGAUUCCAGCACAACUCAAUCAAACUCACACUUUCGUCCCGAGCGUUCACUCUCAACGGUCCACAACGUAAACGCAGGUUCUGGACACAGCAGGAUUGCUGCCGUAGCCAACCUCCCGAACGCCCACCGUCCCGUUCGGACCUGUAGAGAUCUGCUUAGCUUGUUCCGCGCGCGUUUACACUCCGUCCCCACAUUUGUACUCAUCUGUCACUUCCUCCUCCAGAUCGUUCAAUCGCAGGUAGCACAGCUCGUUGUUACAAGAUUAUUCUAUGAUACAAGGUUGCGGCUUCGCUGCUGUGCCAGCCGGAUUCGGUGCAGGAGCGGGCGGGGGUGGGUGAAAUUCUAAGACUGGAUAAAGGGCAAUGCUUGUCGUGCUUGUGAACGACGAUUCCACCGCAGUAAUCGGAAUCGAAGCUGGUGUCGACCUAAGCG